CUGGAAUCUGUUUGCUCAUUUGCGAAAUGAAAGGAUGGAACUUCACCAGGCGCGAGGAGCGGCUCAGCUGGGCUGGGAUGUCACGGGCCCUCCCCAUCCGGGGAGUUCGGCCCUUGGAAGUGUGAGGGGGAAACGGACCGGAGAGGGAGAGCUCGCAGAACCAGAGCGCGAGUCCCUCUCCGAGCUUCUAGGGUCCGCAUCUCCUGGAUUCAGGUGUUCCCUCCCUGGGUGCUUUUGCAGGCCUCAAAGCGCCGUCUAAAUGCCACUUUGUUAGUUAGGGACAGGGCAGGAUCUGGAACCAUUCUCUGUACGCAUAAGAGGUUCGGGCGGGGCAGCAACCCUGGGAGCCAGCAGGGGGCGCCCCCGCGCCGCUCUCCCGGACAAGCCCCGCGGCGGAGGCGUUACUCGGCGCCAGCCAGAGAGGAGUUCCCGGGGCCGUGAGGCAGAGAGGCAGCUGUCGGCCAGACCGGAGCCUGGUCCCCUUGGCGCAGUCCCCUCCGCACGCUCCUCUGGGGGUACCAGGACAAGGGCAGGCCGCGCCGCGGCGCCGCGCGAGGCCCGCUCCCCAGGCCGCCCGGGUCCCGGGCGCGGGUUCGGAGCGGUCUGCAGGCGGGGCUUCCCUGCGCCCGGCGGCUCCUCUCCGCACGCGCCGGCUGCCAGCGCUGGUUUAAAAUCGGCUAACCAACCGCGGGCUCCGUGUGGGCGGGGCCUGGCCGCCGGGGCUCGGGGCGGGCCGGCCCUCCGACCAAUGGCUGGGCCGAGUUUGAAUUUAAAUCCCUCUUAUAAAACGUGGGCCGGGCUCGGGAGCCCUAGCCCCGGCUGGCCGCCAGCCGUUUCUGCCGCUGCUUGUUGGCCGGCCCGCCAUGGCUACGCCGUCGCAGCUCCUGGACGACCUGGCCGCGUCGUGCCUCUCCCCGUGCGGCCCUCCCAACCUGCCCGAGAUGUACAGCGAGGCGCAGCGGCUGGCCGUGGAGGAGCUGGUCACCGGCGGCCGGGACGCCUUCCUCACUUUCCUGCGGCGGGAGAACGUGACCUGCUUCCUCUCGGAGGAGGAGAUCCAGAGCAUCCUCCAGACGGCCGUGCGGCCCCGGGCCCGCGGGGAAGACGGCGCUGCCGACGAGUCCUUCGCCUCGUCUCAGGACUGCUCCUCGCUCACCUAUUUCCCGGAGCAGUCGGACAUCGAGCCGCCCGUGCUGGAGCUCGGCUGGCCCGCCUUCUACCGCGGGGCGUACCGCGGCCCUACGCGGGUGGAGGCGCAUUUCCAGCCUUGCUUCCAGGAGUCGCCGUACGGCUGCAAGGACGCGGUGCGCAAGCAGAUCCGCUCAGCCAAGGAGGUUAUUGCUGUGGUUAUGGAGUCAUUCACAGAUAUUGACAUCUUCAGAGACCUACAGGAAGUAUGUAGAAAGCAAGAGGUGGCCGUCUACAUUCUUUUGGACCAGGCUCUAAUCCGUCAUUUCCUGGACAUGUGUGUGAAUCUAAGAGUUCAUCCUGAACAGGAAAAGCUUAUGACAGUUCGAACUAUUACUGGAAAUGCAUACUAUGCAAGGUCAGGAACUAAGAUUGUUGGGAAGAUCCAUGAAAAAUUCAUGUUGAUUGAUGGCAUUAGAGUGGCAACUGGUUCUUAUGGUUUUACCUGGACUGAUGGCAAAUUAAAUAGCAGCAACUUGGUUAUUCUGUCAGGCCAAGUGGUUGAACAUUUUGACUUAGAAUUCCGGAUCCUCUAUGCCCAGUCAAAGCCAAUCAGUUCUAAGCUUUUGUCUGUCUGUAGAAACAGCGACAGGUUUGACCACCUGAUCAACACAAAACCCCCAUCUAGGGAACUCACUUUGGGCAACCUCCUGAGGAUGCGGCUAGCCAAACUCUCAAGUACUCCCAGCAAAGCUGAUGUGGGCUCAGAGGUACCUGUGGAGGAAAAGAUGGAAACUACCUGCUAUGAUCCAGAGACUUCUACCAUUAGUGAGGAGGACUGCCUAAGUCAAGAGGCUGAAUUAGAGCUCCUAAAGGCAAAUGAUGUCUCCACUCAAACAGAGCCGUGGGAGAUGAUGCUGUCAAUGAACACCUGUGAGGUGGGGACCCAAACCCACGUUCCUACAGUAUGUGAUGGAACCCAAACCGUGGUGGCAACUAAAGCGACUAGCUCACAAACAAUGCUUUUGUCAAAGUCUGUCACCACCCAGACUAUAAGCGAACCUGUGGAACCAUCCUUUUCUCAGGGGACCCGCUCAAAAGAUGUAUCCCCAGUAUCUAAAAUGUCCACUGCUCCAUCGACAUCCUCCAGUGUGAGGUCCUUUUCUUCUUUGUCUUCCCAAGGCUCUGUGGCAAGUUCUGUCGGUUCCCAUUCCUCCAUUAGAGCUACUGAGUUUCUCAAUCCUGGCUAUCCUAAAUACUCUCACAACCCCCAGAAGGAUGUGUGCUUGAGGGACUCUUUCAGAAACUUGAAUAAAGAGAGACAAUUUCACUUUUCUGGCAUCAGAUCUCGGCUUAACCACAUGCUGACCUUGCUGUCUAGGAGAACAGUUUUGGCUGACAGCUACCUGGGCUGUAAUCCUGGGAGUUAUAGCAGAACACCACUUAGUGGGGUUGGCAACAAUUUACUUGCCAUUCGGGAUAUUGCAUUGUACCCAUCAUACCGGUGACUGAUGUUUCUUGUUAGCCGACUUUGGGCAUCAAAUGAGCUUUUGCCAGCAGUGCAGCAGGUUUUGCCAGUGAGCCCUCCUUUUUGCAGACUACUUAAGUCUAAGUGUUCCUGAUUAAAAAUGCCCUGUGUGCCAAGGUGCCUUCCUUUACCUCUUAAAGCAUAAAAUCUUAACCAGCCUAUUUUCUUUGAAUCCUUUGUAGUAUGCAUUAUUUUAAGUAAUGAUAAUUUUUAUUUUAUGUUGACUUGUACAAUUUUAUGUUGGUUGCAGUUAGAACAGUUAUUUUUUAUGGGCUACUAUUUAGAGGGUUUCUAGUAUAUUCAAGAUUCAGGCAAGACAUAGAAAUGCACUUGGGUAUUUUCCUUGUAUGACUGCAUUAUCUAUUUUAUUUUAGAUACUGAUGCUUUUAUUACAUGCCUAAUAUUGUUAUUAAAAAAAACAAAAACAAAAAACCUCUUCUUUAGGUCAAAAUGAAUUUUCUUUUUAACUGUAUGUUCUUAGUAUUAAAUAAAUAUUCAU